GAUCAAACGUCACUUAGUAUACAUCGUUCACCGAUUUUGAUACGCGAUCUAACACAAACAGCUAUUUCUCGAAUGAAAUGGCCGUCACAGAUCCUUGCAAAGCUCGAGAACCGAGAGUGAUCGACAACGCUUUGAUUGAAAAAUGUCUCGAACAUCAAUUUCCCAAAGGUGAAAUCGGACGGUUGAUGAGGAAGGAUGGCAUACCGAUGGACGAACUUCAGGAAAUUCGCAUGGAAUUCAUGAACAUCUUGAAAAUCGACCACCUGUGGGUGAUGAAAUCGCUGACCAAGCUACAGCUGAACAACAAUUUCAUCGAAAAUAUCGAAAACUUGGACACCCUCGUACAUCUGAGAGAAUUGGACCUGUCUUUCAACAAGAUCAACAAGAUAGCCAACCUGGACAAGCUCGUCAAUUUGGAGAAACUGAGUUUCUAUUCGAACCUCAUAGUGAAGAUAGAAAACAUGGACACGCUGAAGAAGUUGAUGAUUUUCAGUAUCGGCAGGAACGAAAUCGAAGACCCUGAAAACGUCUACUACUUGAGAAGAUUCAAAAUGCUGACGUCUCUGAAUAUGGCGCAUAAUCCGUGUGCUCGAGAUAACAACUUUCGGAUUUUCAUCGCUGCUUUUCUGCCGAAAGUCGUUUAUUACGAGUACAAGAGAAUUGAGGAAUCCGAAAGAGAUGAAGGAACGAAUAUGUUCCUAAAUAAAUUACGUGCCAUAGAAUUGGUGGAAGAACUGGAAGAUGCGAAAACUGCUAAUAUUGAGAAGGCAAAAGCAGAUGCGGAAUUGCAUUCGGUUAGUUUCGUCGAGUACCUGAAUUCUCGAUAUCUUUUCGACUUGCUAUUUGAAGACGACGAGGAAGGCAAGGCUCUUAUGGAGAUGGGUGACGAAGUUCAAGAAUUUUACGUAGAGUACGAAGAGCAAUUCAUCGACUUGUGCAAGCAGAUAUUUGAUGUUGGUCAGAAACACUACAAAAUUCGAUCGGACGAGAUGGAUAACUUCACGAAAACCGUGGAACAAGCGAAAAAGGAAAACCAAGAGGAAAGCAUAGGUCACAUGGAGAAUUUCAUGGAAAAGAAGAAUGACAUGUUCUCUUUGAUCAGAUUGUUGCAAAAGCAUCUGGAUAACGACAUCAUCGAUGUGGCUAAAUAUACGCAGAAAAUUGAAGAAUUCAACGAGAUACACAACGAACUCAUACACGACACGUGGAAAAAAUUGAUGAAAUUAGAGCUUCAGCUUUUCGAACAAGUGGAGGAAGUCAAUCAGAAUUUCGAGCAUACUAUGACCGAUAUGAUAAACGCGUUCAUCGAAGAAGCCCAAGCCCUCUUCACCCAGAUGCGAGCCCUCGAAGUGACCUACACCGAGAACCUGGCCGACAUAGGGGCGAGGUACAUCACGCAGGCCAACCUAGGCGAGUCCUUCUUCAUUCCGGAGGUGUUGAGACCUAUCAUGGCGGACAAGGAGUUCCUCAACAACGCCAUCGCCAGCACUCACGAUAUGCAUCUGCAGAUCAUCGAUAACAGAGAAGACACCUUGGUUGGAAGAGCCAAACAAUGGUUGGAAUCGUUCUGCACCGGUUUGACUAAGGAUGAGAUCAAGAGAAACAGGUACAAAUUACUGGAAAUCAAUCACUUCUUGGAUAUCCAAAGAGAAGAGUUCGACGAAUGCAGCGACUACCAACUUGGAAUCGAUCCAGAAGAGGAUGAUCAUUUCAUGCAAUUACCAUAGUAUUUUAUCCCACUAAUUUGAACGAGUCUGUGUAUGUGCGUCAAAAUCGUAUGAGUCUGAUGCUCUUUCCUAGGCAUCGAUCGAAACAAGACAACACAACAGUAUGUUUGUUUAGCGAGAAAUUUGAAGAACCGAAAUUGAGAAAACGAAAAGUAACAUUAUUUGCAGUGAUAUUUCUCCUUGUAGAAUUGAUGUAUUCAUAAUAAAAUUGGAUAUUCU